UGCUUUUGAUGCAUGCAACUUCGGUGCUCUCUGUACGACAGUUUUCUAAAGUCACCUCAAUCACUUCUUUCUCUGCCACGAUAAUAAUACAUCGUUUCACAUAAGUUGCUUUAAAAAAGAAUCUUAUUCCUCUUAUCUUCUCAAUCACAAUGAUUAAGCAGAGAAAAAAAACCCUCCUCCUUUAUCUUCUCAACUGAAAUGAUUAAGCAGAGAGAUUAGCAAAUAAACACACACUAAUCUCCCUCAUCACUGUGGUGGCACGUUAUUUAUUGUUUAUGAUCACUAAACAACACACUAAUGCUGUUAAUUUAACCAAAAAAAGAAGAGGAGCAGGGAGGGAGGGGUCAAAGUCGUCUGUUUUGGGGGACACAAAUCAGGAAGCUGUAUAUGUUAUUAUGUUUCACCUGCUCACCUGCAAACAUUUUGGGUUUUUUUUAGUGUGUGCGUUUAUUUUCCUCCAUUAUUCUAUUUAAAAGAUCUUUCCUUGGUCACUGACACUGAGGGUGAGGAGUGAGGAGUGAGGUGUGAGGAGAGAGAGAGAGGCGAGAGAGAGGGAGGGGUUACCAACCGCUACAGGACCCGGUUGCUGGAAAUCUAAGAAACCCACUUCCUACUGGGUUGAGAGCUUCUUCAACCUCUGUGGGCAUUGAUAAUAUCGGCCGCACAGAGCCAUUACAUGAAGAUUCUCUCUUUGGGUUUUGCAAAUGGCAGCCGUAGACAAAGCCCACGUGGUUGUUGAUGUGGAGGAGGGGGAUGUGGGACGCCGCAGCGCCGCCACGGGUCGACGUAGCCAUCCUGAGUCCGGCUCCGAGGGGUCGGAGGAUGAGGAGAAGAGGUGCUCCACUGAGUCAGGGUCUGAGAUCGUGGAGAGGGAAUCAUCUGCGUCGGAGAGUUCAGUGGAGGUGGAUCUGGAGGAGGUGAAGAUGCACGUGGCGAAAGUGGAGAGGGAUUGCAGGAUUUGUCACCUGAGCAUGGAUGCAACGAAUCAUGAAUCUGGGAUUCCUAUUGAGCUGGGGUGUUCUUGUAAGGCUGAUUUGGCUGCUGCCCAUAAGCAGUGUGCUGAGGCUUGGUUCAAGAUCAAGGGUAACAAAGUUGUAAGGCGCAUUGCUUAUCGAAUCCUGAUGACCUCAUAGAUUCUUUAUGCUUGGUGGUGCAUUCUACUUUUUCAUUCACGACUUUGUACCUUUCAUCUAUUAAGUGCUUGCUAUAAGUUGACAAGCUUUUCAUGCAGAGUUGUAAGGUGCAUUGCUUAUCAAAUCCUGAUGACCUCAUAGAUUCUUUAUGCUUGGUAUAUUUUUAAAGGGAAUUAUGGCAGAAACCAAUAUCAAUCUGAUUGAGAUGGUAGAAAACAAGUACAUACCGGAAAAGAUAGAGAUUUUAAAUUUCAUAUUAAAGUAAAAAUCUCAUUCGGUUCUUGUCGAACUUUUCUGACAUUCUAAAACCAUUUUCAUAAAAAGCUUUUCUAUAUCUAUUCCUUGAUUUGGUUCCUUGUAAUUGGAUUAAAAUGUUUGUGCGUUUAUGCAAAAUUCCAAAUAGGUUUUUUUUGUGUUUCCAUAGGAAAUCGAACAUGUAGGUUAUUGUUUUGGGUAAGAUCCAAGUCUUACACGCAGGUUUUGUGACUCUAACCAAAGCAUAGAGCAAGGAAAUGUGCGUGCUUUUUACCACACCGUAGUAAGAAGUUGUUCCAUUUGAUGUAUUCAUUUAGUAUGAAUCCAUUGUCUUAUUAAAAAAACUGGACAUCAGGUUUCCAGUUGUGGCAUGAGAUAUGUGACAACUUCUAAUCUAAUCCUUCUUAUAUGA